UAUUAUUCUACAACGUAGAAAAUAGUURAAAAAAAAAAGAAAAACCCUUGAAUGAGUAGGUGUUCUAAAACAUUUAACCGGUAGUGUAUUCAUACCCAACCUCACACUAACCCAUACAAAUGAGCAGGUUUGGGUUGGAGCCUGUUGCUCCUGUAAAGCCACCAAACUAUUUUCUUCUCAUACAGUAUUAGAAGGUUAAAAGGACUGAGAAAUUGUAGCAAUACUUACAGCACUCCUGCUAACGACUCUUGUUCAUUGCAAUAAAUAAAUAAAUGAUGUGUACAAAUAUAUUAAAUGUUAUUUCGGAGAUAAUAUUGAAUCAUUAUAGACUGUUUUAGCGAUGUUGGCAAAAGAGCUUCCUUAUUGUUGAAUAAACAAACAGAAGAUGAAUAAAUUAUUUACAAAAUGACGUGAUGCUAUAUACUGUGAAGUGUAUGUUCAUAGAAAUGCUUUUGAAUACUGAUUGUUAAGUUUUGAUGUCUUAUGUCUGACUAGUAGUGCAGAGUGAGCUUUGACUCAAAACUAUUUCUAACUAAAUGAGGAUACAGUAGACAGUAGGUGAAGAAAUAAGAAAAAGAACACAUUAUGUGCUGUGAAAACUCGGAAUUGACCAGAAUUGAGAAACAGAUCCGUCAUGAAACAGAAAACACACACAUUGCAUCACAUUUGAUGAGGUCACAGGGGUCUACCAAUGAGAAGACUAGAGGAAGCUCAAAAGAAGUGAAAAAGAGAAGGAACCAGUUAAGUGACAGAUAAACUGCAAAAAGACUUUGAGACAACAGAACAACCACGACACACAGGACAACACAAAUACCAAGAUACUGCACAGAGAGACAAAGACUCCUUGACAGAAAACGUUAGAACUGAGGAUGCUGGAGAACGUCACAGGUGACGUGCAGAAUGACACCUUCUCCUGCCACCACCCCUCAGUGGAGGCCUACCGCUACUUCGGCGUGCUGUGGGGUUCGGUAGUUACCAUAGUUGGAACGGUGGGGAACAUGCUUACCAUUCUGGCCUUCGCCACGGACACMCGGCUGCGGACGCGUUUCAACGUGUUGAUUGUGAACCUGGCCCUGGCGGACCUGUUGUACUGCACCCUGCUGCAGCCCGUCUCCGUCGACUCCUACCUACACCUCCGCUGGAGGGGCGGACCUCUCUGGUGCAGCAUCUUCGGCCUCCUCCUCUUUCUCUCCAACUCUGUCUCUAUCAUCACCCUGUGUCUGAUCGCGGCCAGCCGUUACCUGCUGGUGACGAAGCGGGAUGUGUUUGAGCGGGUGUUUUCUGGUCGAGGCCUGGCUAUCCUCCUGCCCUCCACCUGGGCCCUGGGCCUGGCCAGCUUCGGCCCACUCUGGCCCGUUUAUGUAUUCGCCCCACAGGUGUGCACCUGCAGCUUCCACCGCACCAGGGGGCGCCCUUACACCACCGUGCUGCUAUUCUUCUACUUCUUUAUCGGCCUGGGCUGCGUGGGGAUUUUCUACCUGCUCAUUUACAGGCGAGUCAGGGUGGCGGCACAGGCACUGGUCCGCUACCGGUUUAGCCGACGCUCGUCACGAAAGAAGCCGAACUCAUCAGAACAAGGGACGGAGGGGGAUAGUGGAGUCGGGAGCGGGGUGGCCACCACCCAGAGCUGUGAAUUGAGCAGCCAGGCAGAACUAGCCCAAUACAAGGGUGUAGAGGUGAAGGUGCACCCUGGGAUAGCCCAGUCCUCCCAAUYCACCUGGGGCUCUGCUUUAACUUCGCAUUCAGCUCACCUAGCAGGGGGACAGGAGCUCCCCCCUGCCCUCAACCCUGUGCCCCGCUCAGCCACUCCUGCCCCCAUCACUGCCCCCUCCUCCUCCACCACCUCUUCAGGGGACAAUGUUGAGUUUAGACGUGUGACCAGGAUGUGUUUCACUGUCUUCCUGUGUUUCGUGGGCUGUUUUGUCCCGUUCCUGCUGCUGAACAUUGCUGAUAAGCAGAACCGUGCACCUCAGGUGCUCCACAUGUUCUGUGCCAACCUCACCUGGCUCAACAGCUGUAUUAACCCUGUGCUCUACGCUGUCAUGAACCGCCAGUUCGGACAGGCCUACUGGGCCCUUCUGGUCAGGGCCGCCACACCCUUCAAACACCUCUGGACACGGUGACCUAUACAUGUUGGUUGUUUAGCAGAUGCAGUUAUUCAGAUUGACUUUAGUCAGUGUAUUCAAUUAAGGUACAUAAGACAACCACACAUUGGUAAUUAUCACUCACUUUUCUCAGCCCACACUGGUAUUGAUGGAGCUACUUCCUCCUGUAUAACUUCCUCUCCUCCUUCCUGAAUAUUACAUUUACUGUCACCUAGCAAGGGAAAAAUAAGCUAUUCUGUGAUUUUUGGAAAGGGCUAAUUUAUUUUGGGCUAAGAUUAUGCUMGUUUUUUUCCCCAGUUACAAACACCAAUGUACACUUACUGUUAAGCCUUUGUCCCCAUACAUGAAAUAGCUUUCAGAGCUUAAAGUUGACCUCUUUAAUGUGGCCAUAUAAUGUGGUCAAAACUCAUCAGGAAAUCUAUUUUAUUCCAGCAGGAAGCCAGAAGCCACCAACAGGGAGAUAGUUAUGCAAAGAACUAUAGCCUCCUUUACGUCUUGUGUUUAUUUAUUGUCUGUGCCAUUGUACUUUUGUCUGUUCAUUCACACUCCCCUACUGUACAUGUAUAUUUGGACAGUAAUGAUAAAUGUUUUAAUCUGG